AUGGCUCCUCCCAAAAAGGGUCCUUUCAGUGGGCAUCGUAAAGCACAUAUUUCUCUUAACCAACAUGAACAUUUUGAUCAUUUUUUCGUUAUUAAACGUGUUUCCGAACUAAAAGAGACUUUUGAAACUGUAUCUCCCUUCUUGGUCCAGAAAGCUAUACAAGCAACAGUCGGAGAAAUCUCAUCCAUUCGAAAGAUGAGAUCUGGCGACUUGCUGGUAGAGGUCUCAUCUCGAAAGCAAGCUAACCAAAUACAGAAACUUAAGGCCUUGGCAACGAUAUCGGUCAUAGUAACCCCUCACCAAUCUUUAAAUACUUCAAAAGGCGUCAUUACCUGUGGAGAGUUAUUAAAUGUUCCCAUAGAGGAAAUAACUUCUGAAAUGAAAUCACAAGGAGUUACACACGUUCGUCGAAUUGCUAUACGGCGUGACGGAGAACUCCUCGAAACUAAGCACCAUAUUCUUACCUUUCAGACGCCAAAAUUACCUGAAUUCGUAUAUGCAGGCUACAUUAAGUUGCCGGUGAGGCCCUAUAUUCCCAACCCAUUAAGGUGUUUCCAGUGCCAGCGUUUCGGCCAUUCGAAAGCAAAUUGCCGCGGGUCUGUCACAUGUGCCCGCUGUGCACAGAAAGGUCAUGACAGUCAGCAGUGUUCUGCACAAGAAAUGUGCGUGAACUGCAAAGGCAAACACCCCUCUUAUUCUCGAUCCUGCCCUCGCUGGACACUGGAAAAACAAGUUACUACCAUUAAAGUGAAAGAAAAUUUAAGCUACCCCGAAGCUAGAAAAAAGGUUCAGGCUCAAACUCCCAUACCUGGUGUCAGCUAUGCUUCAGUAGUUAAGAAGCCGUUUUGUGAAAAUUGCUCAUGUGAAAACUGUAUAAAAUAUGUCAAAAAUUCCAACCCUCCUGAAAAAACAUCAGACUCUGACACAGAGCUUUCCACAAAUGCUUCAAUUGACAACCCUAAACCUGUUAAGCAGAAAUCAAAAUCAAAGUCAAAAUCACUGACCUUAAAUUUAGCAAAACGUGGCCUUACACACAAAGACUUGCAAAAGAAAUUGAGAAAAUCAACCUCAAAAAAUUCUGUUGCUUUGGGACUAGCAACUAAGGGUGUGGUGCAUAAGGAUUUACAAUCCAUCUUUGGCGACACACUUUACAGUCCCGACUUUAAAUUACAUCCGUCUGAGGAUGAAGACGAACUUGAAAUGAGUUGCGAAGACCAGGCAACUCCAACAACUGCUCCUUCUACUUCCAAGCGACUCUCUUGA